AUGUGUCCCAAGAUUCUCAAGGGAAACCGUUCGAAAGUGAGGCUGGCCCCCAAAAAGCCUAGGGACAAAUACAUCCCCAAAUCCUUCCCAAUCAAUGCACAAUUUCUCCAAGGGCCAAAACUCCCUGUAGAGUUCGAAUUGGGCACCCCAGAAACAUCCGACAAUUCUGCCAGACUUCGCUCCAGUAAUACCAAUGCUAAGGCCGAAAAUACAGCGCUACAAACACCAAGUGCCAAUACAGAACUGCUCACAAAUGCCGGUUGUAAAGCUAUUGCUGAAGCCAUCAUGACUAGCACCAUAACCCUUCUCAUCCCGCGGAGCGGUAAUCCACUGGCAUUAUCAAUUCUCCAGGAAGAUCGUAUGAAAUAUGCCGCUGAAGGAAUACCUGCCUUUGAUUUUUAUGGAUCCUUAAUCAGCAUCUCGAGCGUAUAUUACUAA